UGUGGUGGGGCAGGGAUUGCAGACGUAAAGGAAGCUGAGGGGAAUCUGUCAGUGUACAUCAUUCCGUCAGUAGUGAGUAAGGCACGUAAUGUGGUGGUAUUUCGAUUUUAGGUGAAAGAACCCAAACAAAUAUGGAUAAAUUAAGGUUAUACAUGGUAACAUGGAAUGUGGCCACCCGACAACCAGAAGAAGAUGUGGAAGAAAUGUUGGGAAUCGAUAAAAUGACUGAUGACUUGUUGCCAGAUUUGUAUGCUAUAGGUCUUCAAGAAGUUAAGUCGCAGCCUCAGAACAUUCUGAUGGAUGCCAUAUUUGAUGAUCCCUGGACCAAUGUUUUCAAAGAUGUAUUAACAAAACGUGACUACAUAAAGGUGAAGACCAUAAGACUCCAAGGAAUUCUUCUAAGUUUGUUUUGCCUUAGAAAACAUUUGCUGCAUGUGAGAGAUAUGGAGACACAAUACACAAAAACUGGUUUAGGAGGUAUCUGGGGCAACAAAGGAGCUGUUAGCAUCAGAUUAAAUAUAUAUGGCUGUUCCUUGUGCAUAGUGAACUGUCAUUUAACUCCACAUGACCCCUACCUGCAAGAAAGGGUUGCUGACUAUAACACAAUAAUUAGGAAACAGGUCUUCAAAAAGAGAGAGACAAGUCACAUACUUUAUCAUGAUUAUGUAUUUUGGAUCGGUGACUUGAAUUUUCGCUUAGAAGAAAAUCCAGCUUUGACAGCAGAGAAAAUUGACUCACUUGUGAGGAAAGGUGAUCUCAAAACCCUUUUACAGAAAGAUCAACUCCAUCAAGUAAUGAACAGUGGGGAUGCUUUCAGUGAGUUGACAGAAACAUUGCCAACAUUCCCUCCCACAUACAAAUUUCAGUUUUACUCUUCAGACUAUGAUUUGAAGAGACGGCCAUCUUGGACAGACAGAAUUUUGUAUAAUGUGAAUGAAAAUGCUUAUGAAAACAUGACACUUGAAGUGGAACAGCUCUCCUAUAAUAGCUUUCCACAAUAUACUCAGAGUGAUCACAAGCCUGUUAAGGCAGAUUUUCUAGUAAAGGUCUUCAGUGAUCAUGAAGAUAGCUUUGUGACAUUUGAAGAAAUUGGUGUCUGGUGUACGUCACGUGAUAAUUCUGCUACAUACUUAGUUCCUUCUGGUGUAGAACCAGCAUUUUGGGACUGGAUUGGAGUGUAUAAGGAUGGUUUUACAAGCCUUGAUGACUACAUCUGUUACUCAUAUGCUCCUAGAAUGACUGUAGCUGUGAGAUCUGAUGAUGGUUCCCAGGUGAAGAAAAUAACAUUUCCAGUCUGCACUCUAAGGACAACAGGUCUUCAUCGUCUUGUAUAUUUUGGAAGUAAUUCAGGAAGUAUUCUAGGAAUGAGCCAAGUGUUUGAAAUCAAGAGUACUGAUUCAAGCCACUUGCAUAAUGGAUUUGAUAAUGAUGAGACCUGAGUGUGUUGUUUGUGGUAUAAAAUGCAUUAUUUAUUUGUCAGCUGUGAACUUAAGUUUUGACAGUACAUGCAAUGGCUGGAGUCAUUGCUGCUCGUUUGUAUUGAAUGUACAGUGUGUGUGAGGCUUAAAUAGUUACUCUCUUUGUGAUGCAAUAUUUUUGUGUAAAGAAAAAGAAAGCUAUUUCAUCUGUUGAAGCACAUUGGAGGCUGAUACAGAAUGCUGUUUUAUACUUCAGCUUAAAUGAAACUUCUCAUAUUGAUAGUUCCAUUAACACAGUGGGCUUGUGUUUGUAGUGUUUAAAACUCACUUGAAUUGGAUAGUACCUGUUUUGGCAUAUUAGCCAUGGCUCCUAGUAACUGUUACUGCAGUGUUGUUGCUUUCUAAAUCUUACAAUACACUGUUAGGUUUCAAAUUAUUGCUCAUUGUUCUAAGAUCCAAAAGAUAAACUUUAGAUAUGUACUUACAGUAUGUAAAAUAAUUCGUUAUUUUAAUGCAUGUUUGGCUGUUUCUGCUGGCCAUCUUAAUAUAAUUAACCUAAAUAGAAAAAUUAAAUGUCUUGAGACAUUGACAGUCCAUAAUCGUUCCUAUAGUAAGCUAACACGUAUUGCCAGUACUUUACAUAUUUUUUUGGAACAGUACAUAUCACUGUUUUAACCUUUUUGUGACAGUAUUUUGUGCAGAGCCUCUAGAAGAAAGUGUUUGUGGUGGGAAAUUAAUUGUAUAUGAAACAGAUGUGGUGCAUUUACUUUGUAUUUUGUAUACUCUAAUUCUUAAAACAAAGUAUAAGUGUUCACGUGUACUUUCAGUAUUUUGAUAUCACACUAUGUGAAUUUGCUGUGAGUCAGUACUAUGCAUUCAACAUAAGUUUUCAUGUAAUCACAAUAGAUAAUAUGUUGUUGAUUUAAGAAAUUAUACGGUACAGUACCUGAUUUCUUUAAUUGAAAGAAAGAUUUUAUUUUUGGGUGUAAAUUAUGUCAUUGCUUUUUGCAAGGAUCACAAAUGUAAGCAUAAUUCAUUACUUUGCCAGUGUUCAUUGCUGGUCCAUUUGUCUUCCUUAGUGUCAGAACUGUAGGGGUAGUCUUUGCACACCAGUUAAUUCAAAUUUUGUGAUGCUAUAAACUCUCUGUGUGUUGGAUUAUACUUCUGAUUAUCAUUAAAAGUCCAAAAAACAUUUGUGUUCAGUCUGUUUUCUUUUUUAUUGUGAAAAAAUUUAUAGUUUGCAAUUUUUGUCAUGUCAUAAGCCUGUAGUUUAUUUAUGUUUUUAUUUUUUCCAUCUCCUUGGAAAGUGCAGUAAUUUGUUACAGUAUAAAUAUAGAGUUAUUCUUAUGGACAUUAUCAGUGUAAAGAAAGACAGAGAAGAAUAUGUCGUGGAGGAUUUGCCAGUCUUUCAUAAGCAGCUUUAACAGAGCUCCAAAGAGAUAUUUUUAUUAAAGAAAUAUGUUGUUGGUUUUUCUUUUCUUUUACUCUGUAACUUUGGUGAUAUAUGUCACUUUUUCCUGUACGAAUUGCAUUUAAUUAUAUGUCUUUAAAGUGAUUAAGCAUGUAUGCAAAUGUUUCAUGUGAAAUCUGCUUAAAGUUCCUUUACAGCAAUGACAAGUACAGUUUUUUUAGAGCGAUUUACCUACCAGGUUUACUAUAAAUUUUAAUCUGAUAUAUAUUUGUUGGAAACAGUUGCCAACAUUGAAUUAGCACAGAUAUUAAACACAAGAAUGUGACAUUAGUUACCAGUACAUCUUUCCCAUUCCCUGUAGAUUUGUUUGCUUUUUUUUUUAAAAUUGAUAGAUUUGCAGCACAUAACUAGACACUAACAGAUGUGCCUCCUCCUGUUCAAGGAGACCUGUAAGCAUAAUGGAUAUUCCAGUAUUGAAAUAUUAAACUAAGUAUGAGGAUAAUAGCCAUUUACCUGCAGUUAAAUGAUUGUGGCACAUAUGCUUAUGUGAAAGGACAGAAAAAUCAUACCAGCUUUAAAGUCUGAGCUCUUUUCUUUGUAUUAGGUAAAGCUAAUACAAUUUUCAGUCUUCAAGUGUGCCUAUGCCUUCACAUAUUUGCUGGUGAGUGUUACCUAUCUUAUUUUAAAUCCUUUUUAUCCUCUUUUUUAUUUUUUGGCUCAGUUAAUGAAGUUGGUUUAGUAGUAUUUUACGGCACAAAUGUUGACUUGUUCAAUAACAGUUGCAGUUAAUUAUCAGAAAGAGUAAGGUAGUGUUUGUACGUAUAUGUUGCUUUCAUUAAGGUAAAGAUGUGAGUUUUAGGCAUUUUGUGAUCGUGUUUUGUCUGUGUGUGUUAAGUUAUUUCAUCAUUUGUUAUCUGUAAUACAUGAGUAUUCUGAUGAAGAAAAUUAUAUGAAUCCUGAAAGAUUGUGCUUAAUUUUUGGAAGCUGUUGUGCUUACAGGUCUUAAGUUGCGUUUUGGAAUAACCCAGAACCGACUAAUGGCUGUACUUUUCUCAUAACUAUGGGUUUUUAUUCUUUCAGUUUAAUUAAGUAUAAAGUCUGAGAGGAAUAAUAUAAAGAAGGCAACCUCUGUUUUUUAAAACUGUUUCGUUGAAUGUGAUAGAGAUGCUUCUGCAUUACUAAUGCUUAAUAUCAUUUCAACUGCUUGUGACAACUUUGUUCAUUUUCUAGUUAGACACUUUAAGGUCUUUUAGCCUCUUUUUUAAUUGUGUUAAAUGGACAACACUAAUUAUAUUUAAUUGUACAAUUGUUGUUCAUUGUGAUAAGAUCUCAUUAAAUUGCUUUUUGUGUUCUGCAUAAUCUUUCUAAUAUGCUAUAAACAUUUUCUUAAUGGAAUAUGCUUGUCUUUGUUGGUAAAGAAGUUCCAGUUGGUAAGCAUUGCAGGUCAAUGCUAUAGAAAAUGUUUUGUAAUGUACAAAUCCUUUUAACGACUGUAAAACUGUUACUUCUUAGUGGCUUCCAUUAAAGACCACUGCUUUUUGUUUGUUCGAUAGACUUCAUUAGCUAUGAGUUAUGUAGGUAUCUGUAUUAUAUUUCAAAAAACAAAUAACUUUGUUUAGCUUUCUCACAACCUUUUGUUUAAAUUUUGUAAAUAGAAAUAGGGUUUCAUACUUUUCAUAUGUGAAUGGCAAAUUAUGGACGCAUAUCAAAGUGCUAGGAGCAAAAGCAAUAAAUCACAAUAUAAAAAUAUUGACCCCUAUAGUGGACAUGACCAUUAACAAAGUAGUUGGUUGAUGUAGCUCAUCUGUUUAAGUUAGGUUUACAAGAACCCAACUUACUCUCCCUCCCCCCUCCUGCUCCUCACUUCCCCUACCAUCAUCAGUGCAGUUACAUACUUACAGAUCUUUAUUUCUCAUAACCCCCCCCCCCCCCCCCCCCCACACACACACACAGAAAAGGCUAAUUUUCUCAUCCUUGUUUCAAUCUGUAUGAUGUGAUCUCCCUCAUCUGUUUUUAUGUCUAUAUGUACCUUUGCACUUCCUUUCAUUUGCUCAUUAAUUUUCUUUUUGAGUUCUGUUAUCUCAUCCUCCUAUCUUUUGUAUCCAUCUCACUCGUGUGAUUAUUCACUUGUAACUACAUUUAAUUUCUUUCCUGCAAUAAAAUUACAGAUAACUUUCUCACUGCUUCUCAUUUAUGUGUAACCUUCAGAUGAUUGCUUUGCUGGCCAGGACUAUUUGUAUAUAUUAUUGCGUGUGGUUUCCUUGGUAUUGUUUUCUGUCCCGCCACUGUAAUGAUUUUGUUUUAAAUUCUUAUUUGACAUAUUUCAAUUUUGUUUUGCAGUUGAUUUGUUUUUCCUUCUUUAUUUCUGUUUCCUGGCCUUAUGUCUCACCUUCCAGGGUGCAAAACCAGAAAGACAGCUUAUUUUAGCUUUGGAAGUGAAUAUCUGUAUCUGAUGAUUUCAAACACCUGUGAAAUACAGAGUGUUAUGUAACCAGCUUGUAUCUUGGUUCAGUGUUCAUUUAUUUGCGUUCAUUAGGUUUUUGCCCCAUUUGCACCCUCAGCCCAUUGAUGACUUGUUGGCUCAGCUGAGAGAUCCAAAAUUGCAGUUGUCGAAAUGUUAUUUUACAACUUUGAUGAAUAGUGAGUGCAUUGUACUUACAAAAAAAUCUUAAGUUUCACAGAGUUUCAUAUUCGACUUUAAAUUGUGGACGAGCUAGUCCUUAGGCCAAUGGUAGAUAACUGCUUACCACUGUACUGUAGCCUAUAAGAUGUAAACACACUUGAAAUAAUUUACUGCACACUGCCUUGGUAUGUAGAAGCCCAUGGCACCCACAAAUAUAUUCUUUGAGCAGGUAAAUUUGUCGGUGUAAUGCAUUCCCCUGUACUUGGGUAUCAAUUUGAUGAAAGACAUAAUUUUCUGGAAGUCUAUACACUGGUGAUUGAUGCAGACUGCAUUAGUUUGUGAGAAAAAGGAAGUGAUAAAAUUUUGCAUUUUAAUUUCAUUUUUCAGGAGAUACUUUAGGAUUUAUUAGCAUAUUGAAGUCCUUUUUGUAAGCAGUCACAAUCACUAACUGCCUUAGUUUUGCACUGUAAAAAUUGUGUAACUGUUAUAUAUAAGAUUGAUUUUUGUAUGGGGCCAAUAUCCAUUUGUACUUAGUUGUAUAUACAGGUCAGUGUAUGUUUCCAUGAUUAUAGUAGAUGGGCUGUACAGCUGAAAGGUUGAAAAUGGAGACCUUUUAUCUUCUAGCUUUUUAAUUAUUUUAUUGUUUUGUGUGUACAAUAAAAAGUGCCUUAAAUUUUAAAUAUAUUUGCCAAUAAUUUAAAAUAUUGUAUCAUAGUAAAAUAUAUUUCUCAAUAAAAAUCUUUGUUGAUU